AUGUCUCUCAUAUUGGAUAUCUUAAGAGAGAUGCUGGAAUAUUUUGGUGUUCCCAUAGACCAGGUUUUGCUGAUUUGGGAAAAUAAAGACUAUGGAUCAGCUCGGAGUAUUGUUCGUAUUAUUGGGAAAAUGCUUCCUUUAGAACCUUGUAGAAGACCUAAUUUUGAACUGAUCCCGCUUUUGAACUCUAUAGACUCUGAUAAUUGUGGAUCUAUGGUUCCAUCUUUUGCUGAUAUUUUGUGUGUGGCAAAUAGUGAAGAAACCAGUUAUCUCAGAUUUCGAAAUAGUAUUUGGAAAACUGAAGAGGAGAAAAUUGAAUUUUUCCGUCCUUUGCAACUAGUUUGGGAUCCAUUGUCACCUGCUGUAAGACAUAACAAACCAGUAAAAAAUGAUCUGCCUGUUAGUGAAGCUGCAGUUAAAAAAAUAGCUGCCCUUGAAGAUGAGCUAACUUUUCUUCGCUCUCAAAUUGCCGCAAUUUUGGAAAUGCAGGAACUGAAAAACAGUACAGAUUCUGGCUCCUUUGACUUGAAUGAAUUCCCCAGUGGUUUGGGGCAAAUACAGUCACCAGGGACUGCUCAGCUGAGUGUGGAACCAAAUCAGUUUCCAAGUUCAGUGCUUUCUUCUCCUCCUCCUGCACCACCGCUUCUGCCUCAGUUUUCUUCUCUUCAGCCUCCGUGUUUUCCUCCCAUACAACCAGGGUCUAAUAAUAUUUGUGACUCGGAUAAUCCAGCAACUGAAAUGAAUAAACAGCACCCAGGUGCUAGUAAGACCAAUUAUAGUCAUUCAAAAAGCCAGAGAAAUACAGAUGUUCCAAACAUGUUGGAUGUUCUAAAGGAUAUGAAUAAGGUUAAGCUUCGUGCUAUUGAACGGUCACCUGGUGGUAGACCCAUUCAUAAGAGGAAAAAACAAAAUUCACAUUGGGAUCCAGUGUCUUUAAUAUCCCAUGCACUUAAGCAGAAAUUUGCAUUCCAAGAUGAUUCCUUUGAGAAAGAAAAUAGGUCUUGGGAGUCUUCUCCGUUUUCUAGUCCGGAAACUUCAAGGUUUGGACAUCACAUUUCGCAGUCAGAAGGACAGUGAACUAAGGGAAGAACUGAGAAACACAAAUAC